AUGGCUGGAAGUCAAGUGAGUGUUACUCCCCCUCCCCAACUGAAAUUGAGGGAGGAUAAAGUGGAAGAAUGGAAGCUAUUUUGCCAACUUUGGGAGAACUAUCGAAUAAUCACCGAACUCCACGCAAAGACAAAAGAGUAUCAGAGAGCGGUAUUCCUCAACACGGCGGGACCCGAAGCUCUCCGCGUGUUCAACUCGCUUACGUUCAACGCGUUAGCGGACGGCACCAGAGAAGACGAGUAUGACAUUACGCUUAUUAUGAAAAAGCUGACAGACGUCAUCGUCGGUGAAAGAAACGAGACAUAUGAGAGGUACGUCUUUAAUAAGAGAGAGCAGAAAGAGACAGAGAACAUUGACACGUAUGUAAACAAUCUUAGAGAGAUGGUGAAAUCUUGCAACUUUGGAGAAUUACAAGAGUCAUUGCUCAGAGAUCGAGUGGUCCUGGGAAUAAGGGAUCAUGGCACGAGAAGAUUACUACUACAAAAACGGAAACUGACUCUGUCACAAGCCAUUGAUAUUUGUAGAUCAGCUGAGGCAACUGCUUCUCAACUAAGAGAAUUGGGGGAAGAGUCUAGAGAUAGUGUACAUGGCGUCAGGCCAAAACCAAGAAGAUCAGAUGUGAGAAAGAAAGAUGUGAGGAAAGAGAGUCACAAAAGAUGGGAAACGACCAUACAGUGUAAAUACUGCGGAAAAAAGCACAGGAAGAUGAAGGAAGAGUGUCCCGCAUACGGAAAGAAGUGCAACAAAUGCCAAAAAAUGAAUCAUUUUGCAUGCUGUUGCAACACGAAGUCUAUCCGAACAGUUGACUAUGAGGAGUCUGAGUACUCUGAGACAGACUCAGAAGUAGAAUCUGUCAACUGUGUUGAAGUGGUAAACGCAACCUCGAGCAACAGUACAAAGAAACCACUGUACGCAGAGAUGAUGAUUGAUGAUAACCCAGUGAAGUUCCAAAUAGAUUCGGGAGCGACGGUCAAUGUAAUACCGAAAAAGUAUGUGAAGUCAAAGAUUGACACAAGAGACGCUGAGCUUCGAAUGUAUAAUGAGACAACCCUGAUGGCGGAGGGACGAGUGAAGAUCAUCCUGCGUAACCCGAAAAACAAGAAGAAAUACAGAGUGGACUUCAUGGUCGUCAAGGAAAACAACCGUGUUCCAUUGCUGGGUAGAAAUACAUCCGAGAAGAUGAAGCUCAUCAAGGUGAAUUAUGACACAUUCAAGCAGAUACAUAGUGUAAAGAAGAAGGGAGAAUCUGAGCUCCUCACAGAAUAUGAGGAUGUGUUUGAUGAUGCAAGGCCAGGAAAGUUGCCAGGACUGGUACACUUAGUUACGGAUCAGGCUAGAGAUGUGAGACCUACACAGUGUAACGCAAAGCCUGUGCCAGUAUCCAUGAAGGAGAAGGUAAAGAAGGGCCUGAAUGAUCUCGUUCAGCAGGACAUCUUAGCUCCUGUUGAUGAACCAACUGAUUGGUGCAGUCGGUUAGUGGUUACAGAAAAGAAAGGGACCAAAGAACUGAGAUACUGCAUCGACCCUAGACCACUUAACAAGGUGCUACAAAGGGAAAUACACCGCUUACCAGUUAUGGAUGAUAUCCUCCCAGAAUUGUCUAAGGCCAAGGUCUUCUCCAAGCUUGACCUUAAGUCUGGAUAUCUACAUUGCGAGCUAGACAAAGAGAGCAGCUACUUAACUACCAUAAACACACCUUUUGGAAGAUAUAGGUGGAAACGGCUGCCAUUCGGUCUCAAGGUCAGCUCGGAGAUUUUCCAAAAGAAGCUGCAACAAGCCCUGGCAGGACUUGAAGGAGUAGAAUGUGUGGCUGACGACAUAAUUGUGUUUGGAGUAGGGUCCACAGACGAAGAGGCAGAGGGAAGCCAUGAUCAGAGACUGAGGGCUCUCCUUCAAAGGUGCAGAGAAAGAGGAAUAAAGCUAAACCAGAAGAAGUCUGUACUAAAAGCACCCAGCGUGACAUUCCUAGGGCACAUCGUCAGUGCAGAGGGCCUCAAGCCAGAUCCAUUGAAGAUAAAGGCCAUCAUAGACCUACCCAAUCCGACUGAUGCCACAGAGGUACAGAGAGUGCAGGGGAGUGUACAGUACCUUGCUAGGUUCCUCCCCAGGUUAUCAGAGACAUUUGAACCCAUUCGCAAACUUACACACAAAGGAGUACCUUGGGAAUGGAAGGCAGAACAGGAGACAGCCAUGAAGGAGACUAAGCGACUCCUGACAGCAGCACCCAUCCUAGCCUUCUACGACCCAGAGAAAGAACUGGUGAUCCAAUGUGAUGCAAGCAAGUCAGGUCUCGGAUCUACUCUUCUACAGGAAGGAAAACCUGUUGCAUAUGCUAGCAGAGCACUGACGGAGACUGAACAACGCUAUGCGCAGAUUGAGAAGGAGGCCCUAGCAAUUGUGUUCUCACUUGAGAGGUUCCACCAGUACACAUUCGGGAGGCAUGUAAAGGUGCACAGUGAUCACAAGCCGCUAGAAACAAUUGUAAAGAAACCUCUACAUCGAGCUCCUAGAAGACUACAAGGCAUGCUCAUGCGAAUGCUCCACUACGACAUUGAGAUAACUUGGGUUAAAGGUAAAGAUAUGCACAUCGCAGACCUACUCUCAAGAGCAUAUCUACCAGAAACCACAGGAGCAGGUGACUUUGCAGAGGUCAAUGCAGUCACAGGUCCAAGCAUGAAUGAGGACAAGAUUAAGGAGCUAGCUGAACACACAAGUAAAGAUGAGAAUCUACAAAUCCUCAAGGCAGUCAUCAUGCAAGGCUGGCCAGAGGAAAAGUCAUUGGUACCUGAAGAAGCUAAGCCAUACUACCACGUGAGGGACGAACUUUCCUACCAGAACGGACUUCUGUACAGAGGGGAACGUAUAGUCAUACCAGUGACAAUGAGAAAAAAGAUGAGGGAAAUGUUACACGACUCUCAUCUAGGGGUAGAGAGCUGUCUUCGCAGAGCACGUGAAUGUCUGCACUGGCCAGGUAUGAACGCGGAUAUUAAGACAUUCAUAUCUACAUGUGACGCGUGCAGAACAUAUGAACGACAGAACCAGAAGGAGACACUACAGCCAACAGAACUCCCAGAUCGCCCAUGGGAGAAAGUAGGGGUCGACCUCUUCGAGCUGAAGGGUAAACACUACUUAAUCACAGUAGACUACUUCUCUAACUUCUGGGAAAUAGAUCGCCUCCAUGAACUAGACAGCAGAAUGGUGAUCAAGAAAUUGAAAGGUCAUUUCGCUAGAUACGGAAUCCCUAACACGAUCAUUUCGGACAACGGUCCCCAAUUCGCCUCAGAAGCCUUCGUGAAAUUCAGAAAGAAGUGGGAGUUCGACCAUCUUACAAUUUCACCCAGGCAUAGCCAGACAAAUGGCAAAGCAGAAGCAGCCGUCAAAGCUGCAAAACAGAUGAUAAGAAAGAGUGAGGCAGCACACACUGAUCCCUACAAGGCACUCCUGGGGAUCAGGAACACCCCACAACAGGGUAUCGACAGCAGCCCAGCUCAACGACUUCAAGGAAGACGAACGAGAACGACACUUCCAUCGACGGAUCAUCUCCUGAAACCUCGAGGCGCAGAAAUCUUGAAAGAAGAAAAGCGAAAGAUGAAAGCUCAACAGCGAAAGCAAUCGCACCACUACAACAAGAACUCAAAGGACUUGACCACCCUACAAGAAGGAGACACAGUCAGGUUGAAGCCUUACAAGCUAGGGGAUCAUGUAUGGCAAAAAGCGGUCGUGUUGACAAGACUGGAUGAACGAUCCUACGAAAUAGAGACUGAACUUGGUCAACGAUUUCGGAGGAACCGUAAGGACUUGAAGAGAACUGAUGAAUUACCUCAUCACCAACAGAGCAAUCCUAACCCAAAUCCUAACCCCAAACCUAAUACUAACACCCAAGCUCCACAAGAAACUAUGGCAGACAAACACUCCACAACACAAACAAACACAACACGGAAAACAGACCGUGGUCACAAGAAACACAAAGAGUCUGAACCAAAGACUAACAGAGAUCAACAAACUACAAACAAAAGACCAGACACAACACAAACAACAGGAGACAACACAAGAAAGACACGAUCUGGUAGAGAACCAUCUCUUGUUGUGAAUGUAGCCAGUGACUGCGGCUACACCGACAGGACCUACCGCGACCUUGUGGACCUCAGCAAGGACCCACAGUUCGAAGAUCGUCUCAACAUCCUGGCGUUUCCGUGUAACCAAUUUGGCCACCAGGAACCACAAUCCAAUGAGGAGAUUAAACACUACGUCAAAGCCUUGUACGAUGUUGAAUUCCCUCUCUUUGCCAAAGUAGAAGUCAAAGGAUACGAUGCGGAUCCAGCCUGGCAAUACCUGACAUCAAAUGCUCAUCAAGAGCCAACCUGGAAUUUCUGGAAGUUCUUGGUUGAUUCCGAGGGGAAGGUCAAAGAUGCCUGGGGUCCGGACGUUCCUAUCCACAGCAUCUACGGGGAGCUGCUCAACGAAGCACUUAUGGCCGACCCCUACCACUACCACCACGCCCACUUUGAUGAUGAGUUCUGA